AAGUUCUUCCUCGGUAUGGCUGCAAAUGGUCGUCUUCCACCUCGGAUGAUAAACGCAGCCUCGCUAACAUGUCGUCUUAACUGAACAGUGGUCUUACUAUGCCGAGCGGCGGCUGCGGUCCGUUCUUCUUCAAAUACUCCGGAUUCGUGGCGGAUUUCGAGUCGCCUGCGGGAUAAAAAGUGAAGCUACCGCGGAAGGAUAACGAGGAACAAGAUGGGAAAUAUGAUACUGAUGGCGCUGCUGCUGCUUCACCUGCCGACAGAGCUGCUGUCCAUCCAGGUGAUUGUUCCAGAGACGGAGAGGAGAACGACUCUGUUCGCCUCCGUCAUCCUGCGCUGCGACUACACGACUUCAGCCAACCCUCAGGAUGUCCUGGUCACCUGGAGGUUCAAGUCCUUCUGUAAAGACCCGGUACUGGAGUACUACUCCACAGCCUAUCAGGCUGCUCUGCAGCUGGGUCAGGACCCCGCCAAUGACUGCCCGGACCGCCAGCGCACAGUCCGCACUGUGAUCCAGAAGAGGGGCCUGAACGAGCCCAUCCUGGGUGCAGACUACAGAGAACGCAAAAUCACCAUUCAGAACAAGGCUGACCUGGUCAUCAAUGAGGUGAUGUGGUGGGAUAACGGCAUGUAUUUCUGCACCAUUGACGCUGCCGGUGACACGGCCGGGGACUCGGAUCGCGAGGUCAAACUCAUCGUGUACCACUGGCUGACUGUCCUGCUCAUCAUCAUCGGCGCUCUCCUGCUCAUCAUGCUGCUUUGCAUCUGCUGCUGCCAGUGCUGCCCGCAGAAGUGCUGCUGCUACGUCCGCUGCCCGUGUUGUCCGCAGACCUGCUGCUGCCCCGAAAAAGCUGUGAUGCAGCACAGGAUGAUGCAGGAGGCUCAGAAGGCCAUGGCUCCUUGGAUGAAUGGUCAACCCAUUUAUUCUCCCAUCAGCUCUAACGCCUCCUCCCAGGGCGUCCCCAUACUGUAUUCAGGCUCGUACUCAGACUACCCAGUCAAACAAAACUUUGCCAUGGCUCCCAUGCAGCUGGCUCCCAUGGCCCUCCAUCAGCAAGCCCCUCCUCCUCCUCCUCACCAUGUGAAUGGCAGCACGCGUAGCAGCAGUCAUGGUGCCGGCCAGGUGUUGGACUACCUGGAGAACCAGGUGAGGGGGCUGGAUGUGGGGCCACCUCACACGGCUCAAUACCGUGUCCAAAAUAUGCCCCCAUUACAACCUCAACUGCAGCCGCAGCCGACUCCCCCAGUGGUUCCCUACACAGCAGGGCCCCCGAGUAUGUUGUCAGCCCUGGACGAGAUGGGAGUGCGAGGGGUGGAGAGAAGGGUGAUCACCCUGCCUCCUAUUAUCCAGCGUGCACCCAGCUUUUCCUCACGGAGGGCGCCUGGGGGGGAAGAUGGAGCCAGAGGUGGCCCCAGAAUAUCCAGCCAGUCCAGUGGGAGUACAAACCGCUCUGGAGGAGGUCUCCCCCGCAACAGCCGCGGCUACAGAGACGUCUCUCCUCCCAGGCGGGGCAUCCUGCGCGAUUACAGCGAUGACUCCGACUGGGACAACAGGCGAGGGAGAGCGCCGCACAGGGCUUCGAGGAACGAGAGAGGUGCCUCGGCCGGGAGGAGAGGGGGUGGAUCCAGGCCGCGCGCUCGCAGUCGUGACGACCUGAUGGAGGAGCUGUACAGCAAAGCGGCUCGGAGGGAGAGGAGCUACUCACCUCCUCAGCGUCGCAAAGGAUCCUGGAGCUCGGAUGAGGAGGACAGCAGGCGGAGAGCAGGAGGUAAAGGGAAGGACUGGCCGGAGAAGCCGCCCAGCUACUCGGCACUAGAUAUCCAGCCUGGAUACAGUAACGGGCGGAGGAACUACAACCACCUUUCUGAUAGAAGCUCCCGUAGCAGCACCAGCGUAGUCAUCUGAAGCAUUUCUGACGUUUUUUUUUUUUUUUUUUUUUACCUUUUCCUGAAGACAAACAGCAGGUACCUUAAUCUGUUCAAUCAGCGUGCAAAGAUAGUUGUUGUGACAUUUGAUAGUGAGUCCUGAAAAUGUACCAUUUGUGUGCAAGUGUAUUAUGUUUACUCUGUACGCUCUGUAUGCAACUACAACGAAAAUAUGAAUUCUGUGUAUGAAGAAAAGCUGAAGCUGUAAAUUGCAGGUAAUAUGCAGUUAUACUCAGCCUGGUCUCUUGUUAUUGACGUGUGUGAUUCUUGUCGUAGCUGUAUUCAGUCGUGUAAUUUGUGGGUGUGAUUUCAUUCUGGUGAUGGAUAAAAGUAUCAUUCUUUUGGUGUUUAUGAAGUAAAUGUUGAACAGGUCCAACACAGAGACUGUUGGAUGAUGUUAGAUUUUGGUUAUUUAGGUUUAUUAUUGUGAACAGCAGAGACAGAUACAGAGUGUAUUUGUUUUGUUUUUUGUAAUAUUUCUUAUUUUUUAUCUUAAUUCCUUGUACUAUUUAAAGUGUCUUUUUUUAUCUUUAUCCAUUGUAACAUUAAUAGACAGUAGCAGCAAUGGAAAGUAUGCUAGAUGGACAUUUGCAGGAAGAUUUGGAAGCUCUUACUUUACCUACUGGAUGAACAAUGUGGAAUUGUGAUUUUUAUUCACCAACAUGAAUAGAGAUGUAUCGUGAUGAAAUGUGUAUGUUUUGAAUAAACCCUUUUAG